UUUAAAUCCUUUGACGAAAAUCUGUGAAAUACUUCCUGCCAUGCUGAGUCAAGCCAGUUGACGGUCACCAUUGCGUGAACCCAUGUCGCCAUAUAUGGCACCCCUGUUGCCCUCAAGGAACAUUAAGUUUCUAUAGAGUAAGCCAUACGUUGUCAGGCGAAGUGUUAUAUCGUCAGGUAAACCCCACGGUGCCAUAUACAGAAGUAAUAUGGACUCUUGAACAUGAUGUUGCUAGAGUGAAGAGUGAAUCCUUUGUUGACAUGGACAGAGUUGUAUAACCUCCAUUGAAAACUCCAUGUUACCAUAUGCAGUGUGUUUGUUCUUAUUUGAAACUCUAUAUACUGGAAAAUUUUCGGUAUGUUCUGUAAUUUAUUUCAGCAUUAUCAUGCAUAGUUUUGUAUGAUCUCGUGAUUGUCGUGCUAUGUUACCUUGUGUAAGCCUGAAGUGACUUCAAAAUACCAUACACAGAGUUGUAUGGCUUUUAAUGGAAACCUUUCUGCUACUGGCCUGUGAAACCACUGAAGCCUUCACCUAACCUACCAACCAUAACUGAGACUAUAUGUCUUUCAGUGAACCCUCAAUUUACCGUGCAGUGCUCUGAAUUGUAAGUUUUAAGUGAAUCCUGCAUGCAUGCAUUUACGUUGUACUAGUAUAAUUUAGAGAACUCAACGCCAUUAAUUGCACGACACGACUACAGUUAGCCCUAAACGAAAGACUACUGUAGUCGACACACUUGUAUGCCAUUUGUAAUAAACUCCUAUCAGUGAACUUACAAGAUCUUACAAACGUAGAGUACAUUUUAAAGUAACGCUAGACCAUGCACUAUUUUAGUAUUGAAUGAUUCUUGUGUUUGGAACAGUGAUACUUUUAUAUACAGUUGAGCUUAUGGUAUAAGCUCUGAUUUAUAGCGACACCGGCGAUGCAAUCUCGCUCGCUGCCAAAUAUUAGGUGAGAGGCAUUCAGAAUUUUCGCUGAUAUAUGGUUUGACGUCAGAAGUGCUUGAUUUACCAGUCUUAUGCUUACCGUGAACUCGUGUGGCAGAAAGUAUGGGAGACGAGAGAAACUGUGCCAAUAUGUUUUUUGGUUAGUUAUUUCUUUAAUUAUAUUCUAUGUGGGUGGGGGGACGAAACUUUAGAUUCAUAUCGAGUUUAGUACAUUUUUGCGAGUAUUUUUUUUUUUUUCAUAGCGAAUAUACAGAUCAUAAGACGAAGGCCAGUGUUGUCAUUCGGAUGAUCUGUACACUACAUAACAUGAGAUACAUAAGCGGUUAGAUUGUUUAUAAGCCACCAUGAUAGAAGUCGGCGUGCAAACAGUUACUGUUUAGUAGUUAGAUCAUUACAUAAAAGUCCCAAGAAGAUUAAGCAGCACAAUGCCACCAGUGAAGAAAUUGAAUACUUUGAGGGACAUGUCCAUGGAGAGGGUAUGGCGAUGGUUGUUCCAGUGUGUGAGAUGCCCAUUAGCGUCUGGAAAUCAUCGCAUCCCUCUGCGUAAGUACCUCCUCUCCUCACUAUGCCCGCUUCUCCGGCAGCGGCUGCUCACCCUCAUCUUCAAUGUGAAGAGAAGUAAACUCUUCAUAGACACGAAAUGCAAGUUGCUGCAGGUGUUGGGAGACGACACAACGCAUUAUGUCGACUUUACCCAAGGAGGCUCUGCAUUUAUCGAAGAGAUGAUGCACUUUUAUAACGCUCUAAAUGUUGCCUCUCUCUUUAAUCUCACUAGGUUGGGCGCAAUAUGUGACGUGAGGCACAAGACUGAUCAAAGGUAUAUAUCUACUAUUAAUAAAACCUUUUACUUAUCACUGGAAAAGAUGCGUAACUUGCGAUGGCUUACACUGGGUGGCAUAUGUGAUACAAUCGUCAUGAAAAUUUUGGGUACAAACUGUCGUCACCUGCAGCAUCUUGACAUUUCCGAUUCUCUGACGGUUAAUGACGAGGGUGUAGCAGCCUUGGUUCUGAGUAACUCUCAGGCCCUACAAGGGCUAAACCCUCAGGAAAUUGGUCGUCAAACACUACCACUCAAUCCCUGUUGCUCAACUCUCAGUUUUGUAUGUGUGAGCGGCACCCAAGUGGGUGGAAUAGGUGCGGCACUGCUUCUUCAUUGUCUCCCAGGCCUGACCUCCCUAGGGAGCUACCCUAUUACUUGCUCUCUCACUAGGGUCAUUGAGCUGCUUCAGCCGGAGGAAGGGUUGAGGCAGUUCAAGCUAAACAAAAUGUGGGAUGCAGAUAUCUUGCCACAUCAGGCCACUUUGUUAAGCAUAGCUUGCCCUGACGUAACUGCCAUUUUUACCCACGAAGCUUCAUUACCUUCACUGCAUUUCCUCUUCCCUUUUGAAUAUCUAUCUGUUGAUAUUGACUUCAAGUACAGUGUUAACUCUCUGUACAACUAUCUUGUAAUAAGAGGAGAGACACUAAAGCAACUUAUCCUCGUCGAUAGUAUAAAUUGUCCUCUCGACCUUACGUGGCUAGUAGAAUUGACUCCAAACUUGGAGCGUAUUGAAGCCACCCUGGAGGUCAAACAUAUGGCAGUCACACAAAAUUGGAAUGUCCUUAGCGUGGCGACAGUUACAGUUGAUUCCUCUAUUACCAUCAUAAACUUACUGACUCGCACUCCUAACCUGCGCUCUCUUGAACUAACCUUCCUUGAGAGUAUGGGCAAUGAGGAGACGUACAGGUGUAUCAACGACGAGCUGCUGCUCCGCAUCUUGACGGCUGGUGGCUUGAAAAAGGUAGAAAAGUUGAAGAUAAGUCAGUGCAUGAUCAGCACUUACGGCUUGGACUGUCUCCUACAGUACUGUCCUGACCUGCAGUACCUGGCUCCUCUCGUGUGCUGGCCAAAUAUUACACGUUAUGAAGUGGACAAACUGCUCGCCAAAACAGCUGAGAAUAACUGGUUGUUGAGAAUAGUGAUGCGCACAGACUGGGAGUAAACAGUAUCAGAUGUGGUGGGCUGGAUCAUUUGGUGGAGGUGGUGAGAGGAACAUGAACAUCAUUAAUGCUCAGUGGUGACGUGUACUUAGCUCUGUGAAGACCUGUUUGUGUGCUCUCUGUGAAUCUGAACCAGGAUGCCCUCUCUUGAGCAACUUUACCAGCAGCUGAGAGAAGAGCUCAGAGUUGCUAAGAUGGAGAUACGGCGAUUAACGGAGGAGAACAAGAGGAUUAGUAGUAAUCCUCCUGUUGUGAGUCCCCAGGUUAAGAGGGGAGCUUGGUCAGUGGCCGGGCAACAUGGAACCAAGCUGAAGAUCAAGAAAACGGUUGGGGAGGCAGAAACAACGAGAAACCAGAAGACUACCGUGGAAACUUCCAACCCAUUCUCGGUGCUACCUGACGAAUGUGAGUGUUCUACUGGGAAUGCCACAACGAGCACCAAAGAAGCAUUGGCAGAUGUGAGUAAGACAUCCCUAGAAACCCCAACGAAGACCAUCGAGAACGUCUUGACGAAUUCUACAAGUGGUGUAAUGCUACCUGGCGAAUGUGAGUCGACUACUCUGAGCAUCACGACGGACGACGCCAAGGAAGGUAAAAACGUUGUUGUUGGGGAUAGCCAGAUUAGGUACAUGGAUAGGGCAUUCUGCUUGAAGGAUAGGAGUAGGAGGCAGAGAGUGUGUUUUCCUGGGGCUGGGAUGAAGGAUAUUGUUAGCCGUCUGGAUGACAUCAUGAGAGGUAAUGGGAGCAAUCCUAUUAUCUGUCUCAGUGCUGGAGGCAACGAUGUUGGCAGACGUAGGAGUGAGGACCUGAUUAGCAGGUAUAGGUCAGCAAUAGAGAUAAUUAGGAGGAAGGGUGGGAAACCUGUCAUAUGUGGCAUUUUGCCAAGGAGAGAAGUUGGAAAUGAAUGGUUGUCCAGAGCAAUUGGUGUCAGUUGCUGCCUGGACAAAUACUGUAAGGAAAAUGCGGUAACAUUCAUUGACAACUGGGACCUCUUCUAUGGCAGAAAUGACAUGUAUGCCAGGGAUGGGGUUCACUUAUCUAGGUGUGGGGUGGGAGCACUGGCCAACGCAGUGGAGGGAGCUGUUAGGUCUUUAAACUAGGAAUAGUUAGUGG